UUGAACGUCUAAACGUCAUUAGGCUGCUUAGUUACUGUCAGAUUACAUCUGUGUCGAUCAUUAUUAUGGCUGUUCAGCACAGUCACUUCGUAGGAGCCUGAUUUUGAAGUAAAAUACUUAAUUCCGAGUCCCUAUAAGUCUGAAACGGCCAGCAGGUUAUAGGCUACUUCCCCGAUUUGUCUGACGCCAUUGUCGUCGCGGAAUAAGGAGGAUUGUUGUCAAUCAUGUUGGCAGUGGCUGAAUGGGUUGCUUUGGACAUCUAACUCGCCGCAACCUGGACGCAGCAUUUCUAUGAGACUGCCUUGAAGUCGGUAUGUGAUAGGCCACAGAAACUUGACUUUAACACCUGCAUUCUAUGGGUUGUCAUGGAGACCUCAGGAGGGAGCAUGUCCUCAGCUAUUGAAUGCAACUUGUACCGCAGCAUCCAAGCCAUCCUCAGAGAACUGGACAGUCCCCUUCAAGCUGCUUCUGCAUGCAACAGGGGGAUGCUGAGAUGGACUUUACACAAGCGGAUAGAGAAUAGCCCCUCCCAUUGUGUCUCCCUGUUGAGAGUUCUUGUGAAGGAGCUAGAGAAGGUUGAGAGGGUUGACUACAAGACGCGGAUCAUCCCUCUCCUUCAUAUCCUAGCCUAUGUUGUUCUGCAGUCCAUCCACAUUCCAGAGGACCUCUAUGAGAGAAUGUAUACCUCCAUCAAAAAGCUGAUCACACUACCAGAACCCUACUGCACUGUGAGCCUGGCCUAUGCCCGCAUCAUUAAGAUGGAAAUGGGGACACCAGGUCUUUUGUAUCAGAGGCGACUGAUCGCCGAGCAAAGUUUGAAGAAUGACAGCUACGCCCUCCAGGAAAAGGUGUUUGUGUUUUCGGAUACUGCUGUUUUCCCAGAAUCCCUUGUGUCAGCCGUAAGGGCCGACGUGGAGUUCACCAGCCCAAACUGUGGUGUGGAGAGUCACAUGCAGCGAGCAGUGCUGCACAGCCUCCAGGCCACUUUGGGAAGACACUGCCAUGGCCCCAGACUAGCCCAGGCCCUGGAGGCUUGCGGAGCACGACUGAAAAUACACUUCCAGGAAGUGAUGACAGCAGUGGAGGAGAGUGUAGAGGCCAUGCUAUGUGACUCUGGCCAUCACCGGAGCCGGCUGCAGCACAUCUACACGGACAUCAUGAACGCUGCUAAGCAAGACCCGUCAGCCUCAGGAGAGAUGCUUGGGGUACCCCUGCCUAGCCCUGAAAUCAGUUUCAAUAGCUGGAAACAAGAGGAGCAGAUAUGGAAUGAGCUUGUGAACUUUGCGCUGAUGAUCAGCCCGUCGGAGCGCAGCUUUGACGAUGACGACUUGGAGGAGAGGAGGGGCUCCAUCAUGUCCAAUGACAGUGGCAUCGAGGGGGACCUGCCCGCGGCCGAGCUAUCCUCCCUCACUCUGGAAACCGGGGCAGCCUCCUCAGAGACCCCGAGCGAAUCCCAGCGUUCCUCGCCGCAGUUCGUCCGCUGGAACUGCGUGCGUCGGAUGAACGUGGCUGAUCGCAUGGCGCUGGUCAGGGAGUCGGUGAGGGUGAGCAGCCGGUGCAACCUGUUCCCAUGUGAGGAGCGGAACCUUACAGCGCGUGUUCUGGUCAUGGGGGACGAUCGGGCACUGGGCAGACUGGCCAAGGCAUAUAUGUCUAUACGGAAGAGAGAGGCCAGGCAUCUUCUGUUGACCAAAAGGCUUAACCUAGAGAUGUAUUACAUUCCUGUGAGUGAUGGGCCUGAGGUUGUCUCAUCAGAGGAGGAGACUGUCACAGCACUGGAAAGUAAGUUGACCCUAGCUAGAUUUUUGGGUAAAGUUGAUCCAUGGUACGACUGCAAUAUCAACAGUUUGGGAGCAAUGAUGCUGAACCUGGCAAAAAUGCAGUCCAGGAGCAAUAAAGGAACAUCAGAGCCGAGCCCAUUCCUAGCUGACAUCAUCUCAUACUACAUCCGCACAGCACUCCAACCCGUUCACCUCCCCAUCUACUCCAUCAAGAUCACCUUCUCCAAGCUGGAUGCAAGCCAUGUGGAGGAUGUCUUUGUGUCCCACGUACAGAUGGACUUCCCAGAGUUCAAAUCCCUCAAAGCAUCUGUGAAGGGCUCGUUGCGACACAAGAGGGUUACACAACUAUUCAGUGGGGCAGUUGUUGCAGUCAACUACACCAAAGCCUCUUUGAGCAAGCGAGAGGUUGACACAGGAUUCUCUCUGAGAACAUGUGGUGUUGUAAUCAGCGCAGCGCCAUCCAGUGGUGCCAAAGAACUCAACAGCCUCUCUGUGACCUUCAAUGACUUCAUUCCAAGGCCCUGCACGGUUUCUGCCAUAAGAGCACAUAACAUUAAGAUCCAAGCACUGGAGAAACGACCCCUCACCGUGUGUCUCGACAAAGACUCCCGCAGAAUCUUCACAGAUGUGCAAAGCAUUGAGAUUGCCCCUUGUCUGGAUCCUGGAUAUUGCCUUCAGAGGAGUACAAAGUCAAAGCACAACCUGGAGGAGAAGGAGUCGGCUCUCAGCAAGUACAUGAGCAGAACUUUGACCCUUCCCAUCAACACCUUCUCUGGGGUUAUUUACUGACCAUCUGCCCAGAUGGAUUUUGAAUACAAACAACAACAAAAAAACUUCCCCACUAAGACUGAUGCACUGUAGUGGUUUGAUUGUACCUGUUUAAUGAUGUAGGUUCCUGUGUCCGUUCACAUGGGGAGGAACAUCAGUUGAAGAGGAUGUUUACUGGUGGUUGUGGUGUGUCCACCAACCACUUGCUUCCUCUCCAUCUCAAACCCACAAAGAACAUUCACUUAUUCUCUAUAGACAACUGGUAGUUUUAAAAAGCCACUCUUUUUUCACCAAGAGUCAACUCUCUCUCUUUCUCUCUCUCUCUCUCUCUCUCUCUCUCUCUCUCUCUCUCUCUCUCUCUCUCUACACACACACACACACACACACACACACACACACACAGAGGGACAUUUAAUACACUAGAUUUAUACAAAUACUGUCAGGCUUGAUUGGGCUUCUGUAGAUUUCUAUUUUAUAGCACUGUUAUAUGCAAAUAUGACCUGCAAGUGUAGAGUACUAUAACCUGCCCUGGCAGACUAAACUGAAGCAGGUCCAUGUAAAUGACUGUGUUGCUGGCUCCAUGAAAUACUUCAGUCUGUGGAUUGGCAUAAGUACUUGAGUAGAACUUAUUUGUUAUCAUAAUUUGUUACUGAUUGUUUCUAUGAAGAUCUCAUAGACUAAGGUUAAAAAAACAUAAAGCCCAGCUACCUCUUCCAUAAAUAUCUCAUUACCUGG